CAUUGAUAGUCAGCCCACCUGCAGUGAUGGGCUUAGGAAAGGGAGUACCCUUCUGGGUACUAAUGUGCAUGGUAUCAGUUGUUCAUGGGAAUGGAGAAAUGGGGGAAAUGAGGCAAAUGGGACAAAUGAAAGAAAUGACAUCAAUGAAAGGAAUGGAACAGAUCAGCCAAACGGGCCAGAUGAAAAAAACGGGGUCGAUCAGCCAACUGGGACAGAUGAAAGAAACGGUGUCGAUCAGCCAAAUGGGGCAGAUGAAAGAAAUGGGGGGAAUGAAAGAUAUGGGACAGAUCAGUCAAAUAGGACAGAUGGGAGAAAAGGGAGAUGUUAAAGUAACAGGUGAGAUGAAAAAAACAGGACAAAUGAGCCAAAUGGGACAAAAUAAAGAAAUCUCAUCAAUGAAAGAAAUGGAACUGAUUAGCCAAAUGGGACAGAUGAAAGAAAUGGGGGGAAUGAAAAAUAUGGGACAGAUCAGCCAAACAGGACAGAUGGAAGAAAAGGGAAAUGUUAAAGUAACAGGAGAGAUGGAAAAAACAGGACAAAUGAGCCAAAUGGGACAAAUGAAAGAAAUUGCAUCAAUGAAAGAAAUGGAACAGAUUAGCCAAACGGGACAGAUGAAAGAAAUGGGGGGAAUGAAAGAUAUGGGACAGAUCAGCCAAAUAGGACAGAUGGAAGUAAAGGGAGAUGUUAAAGGAUCGGGAGAGAUGAAAGAAACAGGACAAAUGAGACAAAUAGGUCAGAUGAAAGAAAUGGGGCAGAUAAAAGAAAAGGGAGAUGUUAAAGGAUCUGGAGAGAUGGAAGAAACAGGACAAAUCAGACAAAUAGGACAGAUGAAAGAAAUGGGGCAGAUAAAAGAAAAGGGAGAUGUUAAAGGAUCUGGAGAGAUGGAAGAAACAGGACAAAUCAGACAAAUAGGACAGAUGAAAGAAAUGGGGCAGAUAAAAGAAAAGGGAGAUGUUAAAGGAUCGGGAGAAAUGAAAGAAACAGGACAAAUGAGACAAAUGGACCAGAGGAAAGAAAAAGGAAAGAUGGAAGAAAUGGGACAAAUGAGCAACACUGGACAGAUGGAACAAAAAGAAAAAGAUGGUGGUCAGAAAUCUUCCAGAAUCCCAAUUGUGCCUACAGUGAUAGCUGUCAGCCCAGCUCACAAUGGUCGAGUAUGCAGCACUUGGGGAAAUUACCAUUUCAAAACAUUUGAUGGAGAUAUUUUUCAGCUGCCAACCACUUGUAACUACCUCCUUGUUUCUCACUGCAAAAGUAACUAUGAAGAUUUUAACAUCCAGUUAAGGAGAACAGUGGAGAACAACCAGCCAACCCUUGGAAAGGUGACAAUGAAGCUGGACGGAAGCGUCAUUGAACUUACAAAAGAUGGCGUAUCAGUCAAUGGGGAAAAGGCUAACCUACCCAUCAGCCAAGCUGGGAUCUUAAUAUCAGAAAGCAGCACCUACAUCAAAGUCACUAGCAAGAUAGGCUUAGUAUUUCAGUGGAACAAAGAUGAUGCCUUAUUGCUGGAAAUUGAUGAAAAAUAUGUGAACCAGACCUGUGGUCUUUGUGGCGACUUCAACCACAUUCAGAUCUAUGAUGAAUUCAUUAUGAAUGGUGUGAAGAUAGACCCCCAAGAUUUUGGACGUAAUUGGAAGAUAAGUGGCCCAACAGAAACCUGCACAGAGCCAACACCUUCAUCUAAGAAAAAUUGUGAAACCCAUAGAGCUGCCUGUGAGGAUUACCUCUCUGACAAAGCUUUGGACACCUGCAAUGACCUAGUAUCCAUCAAUGACUUUGUCGAUGCCUGCAUUCAAGACAUGUGCGACUGUGAUGAGUCUGACAGUUCCUCUUGUGUAUGUAACACUAUCUCAGAGUACUCCAGACAGUGUGCCCAUGCUGGUGGCCAGCCCAAGAACUGGCGGAAGAAAGAUUUUUGCAAUAAGAAAUGUCCCCUCAACCUGGAAUAUAAAGAAUGUGGCAUUCCCUGUGCAGACACCUGCACCAAUUCUGACCAGAGUGCACUUUGUGAAGACCACUGCAUUGAUGGCUGUUUCUGUCCAACUGGGACUGUCUUUGAUGACAUCACACAGAGUGGCUGCAUCCCAUCUCAGCAGUGCUCCUGCACCUACAACCAAAAAACAUUUGCUGCUGGAGAGUCCUAUUCCACCAACUGUCAGAAGUGCACAUGCUCUGGAGGACAGUGGACAUGUAUAGACCUGGACUGUCCUGGGAGAUGCUCGGUUGAGGGAGGUUCGCACAUCACGUCUUAUGAUGGAAAGCAAUUCACCUUUCAUGGAGACUGCAUCUACGUCCUUUCCCAGAAACGCAACAGUGAUGAUUUUGUGGUGCUUGGGGAAAUUGUUAAAUGUGGAGUGUCAGAAUCUGAAACAUGCCUAAAGAGUGUGUCACUCGUCAUAAAAGGAGGAAGUAAAAUCUUUAAAAUCAUGGCAAGUGGAGAAGUGAGUGUUGGCUCAUUCCAAUCUCAGCUGCCACUCAACACACCUGAGGUGACCAUAUUCAGUCCUUCUACCUUCUACAUUAUUAUGCAGACUUCAUUUGGGCUCCAGAUAAAAGUGCAGCUUGUACCCUUAAUGCAGGUCUAUCUUAAUACUGACGUCUCUCACAAGGGGCAGACAUCUGGCCUUUGUGGUAAUUUUAACAAUAUUCAAGUGGACGAUUUCAAGGCUGAAAGUGGGGCACUUGAAGGAACUGCUGCUUCAUUCUGCAACAGCUGGAAGACAAAGGCAAUAUGUGAAGACAUGAAUGACCUCUAUGACAAUCCUUGUGCUGCUAGCAUUGAAAACGAGAAGUAUGCUCAGCACUGGUGCUCUCUUCUAUCUCUUCCAACUGGGCCAUUUGCAAAGUGCCACUCUGUGGUUAGCCCUGCUCCUUACCAAAAGAACUGUCUGUUUGACACCUGCAGUGGUUCAAAUAGUGAGGACAGGAUGUGCGCUUCCAUCUCUGCGUAUGUAAGGAUCUGUGCCUUCAAGGGGAUCCAAAUAGAUGGUUGGAGAGACAACAUGUGUGACAAAUUUUCCAAAAACUGCCCCAGCACAAUGACAUUUAGCUACAGUAUGACCAGCUGUAAUCGUACCUGCCGUUCUAUCAGCGAGCCUGACCCGACCUGUAGAGUGGACUUUACAUCAGUGGAUGGUUGUGGAUGUUCUGAGGGAACCUACCUGAAUGACAAUGGCAAGUGUGUUGAGCAGAGUGCCUGUCCAUGCUACCUCAAUGGCGUUGUGGUGAAACCUGAAGAGGUCAUAACCAAAGAUGGUGCAAGCUGCACCUGUAGACAAGGAAAUUUGAACUGCAUUGGACGUCAGCCAGCAGUGCAAACCUGCAAUGCUCCAAUGGUAUUCCUUGAUUGUUCUCAAUUGAAAUUAGGAACCCAUGGAUCAGAAUGUCAAAAGAGCUGUCAGACUCUAAACAAGCCAUGUUAUAGCACAGAGUGUGUCUCAGGAUGCGUAUGUCCAGAAGGUCUUGUCUCUGAUGGGAAUGGAGGAUGUGUCUCUGAAGACCAGUGCCCAUGCAUGCACAAUGGAGCUUCGUAUAGCCCUGGAGACACGAUCAAAGUGGACUGCAACACUUGCACCUGCAAAAACAGAAUAUGGGACUGCACAGAAAAACAAUGCCAGGGUACUUGUGCAAUCUAUGGUGACGGACAUUACAUCACAUUUGAUGGAAAAAGGUUUAACUUUAAUGGAGACUGCGAGUAUACUCUAACUCAGGAUUACUGCGGUCCAAAUAAAGGGACCUUCAGAGUGAUCACUGAAAACAUCCCGUGUGGCACCACUGGAACUACCUGCUCCAAAUCCAUCAAGAUUUUCCUGGGGAACAAUGAGCUGAAGCUUUCGGAUGGUCAUUUUGAAGUGCUUCAACGAGAAACAAAACUGGAAGUGCCCUAUAAAGUCCGUGUCAUGGGCAUAUACCUGGUCAUUGAGGCCGAUAAUAGUUUAACACUUAUGUGGGACCGGAAAACCAGCAUGUUUAUCAAACUCAGCCCUUCUUAUAAGGGAAAUGUCUGUGGUCUUUGUGGAAACUACGAUGGAGAUGUAAACAAUGACUUUACCACCCGAAGUCAGUCAGUUGUAGUGAGUGUUAUGGAGUUUGGAAACAGCUGGAAAGCAUCCCCCAGCUGCCCAGAUGCCCAAGAUUCUAAAGAUCCCUGCAUUAGCAACCCAUACAGGCAGUCUUGGGCUCAGAAGCAGUGCAGCAUCAUCAAAAGCCAAGUGUUUACAGACUGUCAUCCUCAGGUUGACCCAAGCCCAUUCCAUGAUGCCUGUGUAAGGGAUUCCUGUGCUUGUGACACUGGUGGAGACUGUGAAUGUUUCUGUACAGCAGUAGCCUCCUAUGCCAAAGCCUGUAAUGAUGCAGGUAUAUGUGUUGCCUGGAGAAGCCCUGAAAUUUGCCCACUGUUUUGUGAUUACUACAACGCCCCCGAUGGUUGUGAGUGGCACUACAAGCCCUGUGGAGCACCAUGUAUGAAGACCUGCAGGAACCCUACUGAAAAGUGUUCUGACCAGAUCAUAGGGCUAGAAGGCUGUUAUCCAAAGUGUCCUCCAAAUGAACCAAUCUUUGAUGAGGACUCCAUGAAGUGUGUCCCCUUAGAGCAAUGUGGUUGUUUUGAUGACGAUGAUGGCAAACACUACAUGAAUGGUGAUAUUAUCCCAGCUAAAGAAAACUGCCAAACAUGCAAAUGCGCAUCCACUACUGUUCAAUGCUCCUAUGAUGCUACUGCAUGCUCCUGCACAUACAACGGAAAUAACUACCCUUAUGGUUCCACUGUGUAUCAUACAACAGACGGCAUUGGAAGCUGUAUUACUGCUGUUUGUGGAGUGAAUGGAACAAUCGACAGAGAGAUUUACAGUUGUGCUUCAACAACGACCCCAGUGCCUUCUACAGUGCCCACAACAGUUUUCACCUUUACAUCCCCAGUGCCAUCUAGUACUUCUGGUUGUAAUGAAGAAGUUUGUGAAUGGUCACAAUGGUAUGAUAUUGACAUGCCAUUAAAAGAUAGAGAUGAUGGAGAUGAUGAAACAUUUCAACAUAUUAAGGCAAACGGUUUUGAAAUAUGUGCAAAUCCCAGAAAGGUAGAGUGCAGAGCUGAAAAACAACCCAACACACCAAUCACCAACAUAAACCAGAAUGUACAGUGCAGUACUUCAUUUGGACUGAUAUGUAAAAACAUUGAUAAUCCACCAAUGUGUGAAAAUUAUCAAAUUAAAAUACUGUGCUGUGAAUCUAAGACAUGUAAGGCAACAACUCUGUCUUCUAAAACUGCAUCUACAACAAAACCUUCAACUGAGCCUCAAGUGCUAACAUCAGGAGCAAGCACACUUCAGUCAUCAUCUACUUCACCACCAGCAAAGAGUUCCACUCCAUCAAAGACCCCAGAGGUUUCAAAGCCAACACAGCCACUUGUCACCACAUCUACUACAGGGUCACCUGUUCCAACACAACCAUCUGUUUCUUCGUCUACCCAGGAAGUGCCCACUCCAUCACAACCAUUUACCUCAACCAUUGGGACUCCAGGAACUACUGCAGCCAGUCCACCAGUCCCUUCAUCAACAAAGGAGUUUCCUGGUACAACACAGCCAACUCUCACUUCAUCAACCACUGAGUCUCCAGUGCCAACAGAGCCACCUGUUCCCUCAUCAACAAAGGAGGAAUCCAAAACAACUGGACCACCUGUAACUUCAUCUUCCACUGAAGUCCCUAGCCCAACAGAACCAGUUGUCACUUCAUCUACUCAGGAAGUGCCCACCCCAUCACAACCAUUUACCUCAACCAUUGGUACUCCAGGAACUACUGCAGCCAGUCCACCAGUCCCUUCAUCUACGAAAGAGCUUCCUGGUACAACACAGCCAACUCUCACUUCAUCAACCACUGAGUCUCCUAUACAAACACAGCCAUCUGUUUCUUCAUCUACCCAAGAGGUUCCUCCUUCAACUGCACCAUUUGGCACCUCAUCUACCAAGGAAGUUCUUGCUACCACCCAGCCAUCUCUCACUUCCAAAUCUUCUACAGCCACACCGGCAGCAAAAUGCACCCCAGAAUGCAAAUAUACCUCUUGGAUUAGUUCCUUUUACCCGGAUUUUGAAUCCACUGGUGAUUUUGAAACAAUAGCCAACAUUAAGCAGAAAGGAUAUGCUAUCUGCCAAAGCCCCAGAGAAAUUCAGUGCAGAGCUGUGGAACUUCCUGAUGUUGAGUUAUCUGAAAUUGGACAAAUCGUAACCUGUAAUUUGAAUGAAGGUCUUAUUUGUAAAAACAAUGACCAAACAGGUGAUGUAAAGCUCUGUUAUGACUAUGAAGUCAGAUUCUUGUGCUGCGAAGGCUGUGAAAAGGAAACAAUGUCCACCACCCUUUCAGCUACCACCAAGUCAACACCAUCAACCCAAACAAGUGCAAUUGUGCCCACAGAAGCAGUUACUAAAACAAUUCAGCCAUCGCUUCCUCCGUCUACCAAGGAAUUUACCACUACAGUCAAGCCUCCUGUCCCUUCAUCAACAAAGCAGUUUCCUGGUACAACACAACCAACUCUCACUUCAUCAACCACUGAGUCUCCAGUGCCAACAGAGCCACCUGUUCCCUCAUCAACAAAGGAGGAAUCCAAAACAACUGGACCACCUGUAACUUCAUCUUCCACUGAAGUCCCUAGCCCAACAGAACCAGUUGUCACUUCAUCUACUCAGGAAGUGCCCACCCCACCACAACCAUUUACCUCAACCAUUGGUACUCCAGGAACUCCUUCAGCCAGUCCACCAGUCCCUUCAUCUACGAAAGAGCUUCCUGGUACAACACAGCCAACUCUCACUUCAUCAACCACUGAGUCUCCUAUACAAACACAGCCAUCUGUUUCUUCAUCUACCCAAGAGGUUCCUCCUUCAACUGCACCAUUUGGCACCUCAUCUACCAAGGAAGUUCUUGCUACCACCCAGCCAUCUCUCACUUCCAAAUCUUCUACAGCCACACCGGCAGCAAAAUGCACCCCAGAAUGCAAAUAUACCUCUUGGAUUAGUUCCUUUUACCCGGAUUUUGAAUCCACUGGUGAUUUUGAAACAAUAGCCAACAUUAAGCAGAAAGGAUAUGCUAUCUGCCAAAGCCCCAGAGAAAUUCAGUGCAGAGCUGUGGAACUUCCUGAUGUUGAGUUAUCUGAAAUUGGACAAAUCGUAACCUGUAAUUUGAAUGAAGGUCUUAUUUGUAAAACAAUGACCAAACAGGAAACAAUGUCCACCACCCUUUCAGCUACCACCAAGUCAACACCAUCAACCCAAACAAGUGCAAUUGUGCCCACAGAAGCAGUUACUAAAACAAUUCAGCCAUCGCCUCCGCCUACCAAGGAAUUUACCACUACAGUCAAGCCUCCUGUCCCUUCAUCAACAAAGCAGUUUCCUGGUACAACACAACCAACUCUCACUUCAUCAACCACUGAGUCUCCAGUGCCAACAGAGCCACCUGUUCCCUCAUCAACAAAGGAGGAAUCCAAAACAACUGGACCACCUGUAACUUCAUCUUCCACUGAAGUCCCUAGCCCAACAGAACCAGUUGUCACUUCAUCUACUCAGGAAGUGCCCACCCCAUCACAACCAUUUACCUCAACCAUUGGUACUCCAGGAACUCCUUCAGCCAGUCCACCAGUCCCUUCAUCUACUAAAGAGCUUCCUGGUACAACACAGCCAACUCUCACUUCAUCAACCACUGAGUCUCCUAUACAAACACAGCCAUCUGUUUCUUCAUCUACCCAAGAGGUUCCUCCUUCAACUGCACCAUUUGGCACCUCAUCUACCAAGGAAGUUCUUGCUACCACCCAGCCAUCUCUCACUUCCAAAUCUUCUACAGCCACACCGGCAGCAAAAUGCACCCCAGAAUGCAAAUAUACCUCUUGGAUUAGUUCCUUUUACCCGGAUUUUGAAUCCACUGGUGAUUUUGAAACAAUAGCCAACAUUAAGCAGAAAGGAUAUGCUAUCUGCCAAAGCCCCAGAGAAAUUCAGUGCAGAGCUGUGGAACUUCCUGAUGUUGAGUUAUCUGAAAUUGGACAAAUCGUAACCUGUAAUUUGAAUGAAGGUCUUAUUUGUAAAAACAAUGACCAAACAGGUGAUGUAAAGCUCUGUUAUGACUAUGAAGUCAGAUUCUUGUGCUGCGAAGGCUGUGAAAAGGAAACAAUGUCCACCACCCUUUCAGCUACCACCAAGUCAACACCAUCAACCCAAACAAGUGCAAUUGUGCCCACAGAAGCAGUUACUAAAACAAUUCAGCCACCGCUUCCUCCGUCUACCAAGGAAUUUACCACUACAGUCAAGCCUCCUGUCCCUUCAUCAACAAAGCAGUUUCCUGGUACAACACAGCCAACUCUCACUUCAUCAACCACUGAAUCUCCAGUGCCAACAGAGCCACCUGUUCCCUCAUCAACAAAGGAGGAAUCCAAAACAACUGGACCACCUGUAACUUCAUCUUCCACUGAAGUCCCUAGCCCAACAGAACCAGUUGUCACUUCAUCUACUCAGGAAGUGCCCACUCCAUCACAACCAUUUACCUCAACCAUUGGUACUCCAGGAACUACUGUAGCCAGUCCACCAGUCCCUUCAUCUACGAAAGAGCUUCCUGGUACAACACAGCCAACUCUCACUUCAUCAACCACUGAGUCUCCUAUACAAACACAGCCAUCUGUUUCUUCAUCUACCCAAGAGGUUCCUCCUUCAACUGCACCAUUUGGCACCUCAUCUACCAAGGAAGUUCUUGCUACCACCCAGCCAUCUCUCACUUCCAAAUCUUCUACAGCCACACCGGCAGCAAAAUGCACCCCAGAAUGCAAAUAUACCUCUUGGAUUAGUUCCUUUUACCCGGAUUUUGAAUCCACUGGUGAUUUUGAAACAAUAGCCAACAUUAAGCAGAAAGGAUAUGCUAUCUGCCAAAGCCCCAGAGAAAUUCAGUGCAGAGCUGUGGAACUUCCUGAUGUUGAGUUAUCUGAAAUUGGACAAAUCGUAACCUGUAAUUUGAAUGAAGGUCUUAUUUGUAAAAACAAUGACCAAACAGGUGAUGUAAAGCUCUGUUAUGACUAUGAAGUCAGAUUCUUGUGCUGCGAAGGCUGUGAAAAGGAAACAAUGUCCACCACCCUUUCAGCUACCACCAAGUCAACACCAUCAACCCAAACAAGUGCAAUUGUGCCCACAGAAGCAGUUACUAAAACAAUUCAGCCAUCGCUUCCUCCGUCUACCAAGGAAUUUACCACUACAGUCAAGCCUCCUGUCCCUUCAUCAACAAAGCAGUUUCCUGGUACAACACAACCAACUCUCACUUCAUCAACCACUGAGUCUCCAGUGCCAACAGAGCCACCUGUUCCCUCAUCAACAAAGGAGGAAUCCAAAACAACUGGAUCACCUGUAACUUCAUCUUCCACUGAAGUCCCUAGCCCAACAGAACCAGUUGUCACUUCAUCUACUCAGGAAGUGCCCACCCCAUCACAACCAUUUACCUCAACCAUUGGUACUCCAGGAACUCCUUCAGCCAGUCCACCAGUCCCUUCAUCUACGAAAGAGCUUCCUGGUACAACACAGCCAACUCUCACUUCAUCAACCACUGAGUCUCCUAUACAAACACAGCCAUCUGUUUCUUCAUCUACCCAAGAGGUUCCUCCUUCAACUGCACCAUUUGGCACCUCAUCUACCAAGGAAGUUCUUGCUACCACCCAGCCAUCUCUCACUUCCAAAUCUUCUACAGCCACACCGGCAGCAAAAUGCACCCCAGAAUGCAAAUAUACCUCUUGGAUUAGUUCCUUUUACCCGGAUUUUGAAUCCACUGGUGAUUUUGAAACAAUAGCCAACAUUAAGCAGAAAGGAUAUGCUAUCUGCCAAAGCCCCAGAGAAAUUCAGUGCAGAGCUGUGGAACUUCCUGAUGUUGAGUUAUCUGAAAUUGGACAAAUCGUAACCUGUAAUUUGAAUGAAGGUCUUAUUUGUAAAAACAAUGACCAAACAGGUGAUGUAAAGCUCUGUUAUGACUAUGAAGUCAGAUUCUUGUGCUGCGAAGGCUGUGAAAAGGAAACAAUGUCCACCACCCUUUCAGCUACCACCAAGUCAACACCAUCAACCCAAACAAGUGCAAUUGUGCCCACAGAAGCAGUUACUAAAACAAUUCAGCCAUCGCUUCCUCCGUCUACCAAGGAAUUUACCACUACAGUCAAGCCUCCUGUCCCUUCAUCAACAAAGCAGUUUCCUGGUACAACACAGCCAACUCUCACUUCAUCAACCACUGAGUCUCCAGUGCCAACAGAGCCACCUGUUCCCUCAUCAACAAAGGAGGAAUCCAAAACAACUGGACCACCUGUAACUUCAUCUUCCACUGAAGUCCCUAGCCCAACAGAACCAGUUGUCACUUCAUCUACUCAGGAAGUGCCCACUCCAUCACAACCAUUUACCUCAACCAUUGGUACUCCAGGAACUACUGCAGCCAGUCCACCAGUCCCUUCAUCUACGAAAGAGCUUCCUGGUACAACACAGCCAACUCUCACUUCAUCAACCACUGAGUCUCCUAUACAAACACAGCCAUCUGUUUCUUCAUCUACCCAAGAGGUUCCUCCUUCAACUGCACCAUUUGGCACCUCAUCUACCAAGGAAGUUCUUGCUACCACCCAGCCAUCUUUCACUUCCAAAUCUUCUACAGCCACACCGGCAGCAAAAUGCACCCCAGAAUGCAAAUAUACCUCUUGGAUUAGUUCCUUUUACCCGGAUUUUAAAUCCACUGGUGAUUUUGAAACAAUAGCCAACAUUAAACAGAAAGGAUAUGCUAUCUGCCAAAGCCCCAGAGAAAUUCAGUGCAGAGCUGUGGAACUUCCUGAUGUUGAGUUAUCUGAAAUUGGACAAAUCGUAACCUGCUGUGAAAUGGAAACAAUGUCCACCACCCUUUCAGCUACCACCAAGUCAACACCAUCAACCCAAACAAGUGCAAUUGUGCCCACAGAAGCAGUUACUAAAACAAUUCAGCCACCGCUUCCUCCGUCUACCAAGGAAUUUACCACUACAGUCAAGCCUCCUGUCCCUUCAUCAACAAAGCAGUUUCCUGGUACAACACAACCAACUCUCACUUCAUCAACCACUGAGUCUCCAGUGCCAACAGAGCCACCUGUUCCCUCAUCAACAAAGGAGGAAUCCAAAACAACUGGACCACCUGUAACUUCAUCUUCCACUGAAGUCCCUAGCCCAACAGAACCAGUUGUCACUUCAUCUACUCAGGAAGUGCCCACCCCAUCACAACCAUUUACCUCAACCAUUGGUACUCCAGGAACUCCUUCAGCCAGUCCACCAGUCCCUUCAUCUACGAAAGAGCUUCCUGGUACAACACAGCCAACUCUCACUUCAUCAACCACUGAGUCUCCUAUACAAACACAGCCAUCUGUUUCUUCAUCUACCCAAGAGGUUCCUCCUUCAACUGCACCAUUUGGCACCUCAUCUACCAAGGAAGUUCUUGCUACCACCCAGCCAUCUCUCACUUCCAAAUCUUCUACAGCCACACCGGCAGCAAAAUGCACCCCAGAAUGCAAAUAUACCUCUUGGAUUAGUUCCUUUUACCCGGAUUUUGAAUCCACUGGUGAUUUUGAAACAAUAGCCAACAUUAAGCAGAAAGGAUAUGCUAUCUGCCAAAGCCCCAGAGAAAUUCAGUGCAGAGCUGUGGAACUUCCUGAUGUUGAGUUAUCUGAAAUUGGACAAAUCGUAACCUGCUGUGAAAAGGAAACAAUGUCCACCACCCUUUCAGCUACCACCAAGUCAACACCAUCAACCCAAACAAGUGCAAUUGUGCCCACAGAAGCAGUUACUAACACAAUUCAGCCAUCGCUUCCUCCGUCUACCAAGGAAUUUACCACUACAGUCAAGCCUCCUGUCCCUUCAUCAACAAAGCAGUUUCCUGGUACAACACAGCCAACUCUCACUUCAUCAACCACUGAGUCUCCAGUGCCAACAGAGCCACCUGUUCCCUCAUCAACAAAGGAGGAAUCCAAAACAACUGGACCACCUGUAACUUCAUCUUCCACUGAAGUCCCUAGCCCAACAAAACCAGUUGUCACUUCAUCUACUCAGGAAGUGCCCACUCCAUCACAACCAUUUACCUCAACCAUUGGUACUCCAGGAACUACUACAGCCAGUCCACCAGUCCCUUCAUCUACGAAAGAGCUUCCUGGUACAACACAGCCAACUCUCACUUCAUCAACCACUGAGUCUCCCAUACAAACACAGCCAUCUGUUUCUUCAUCUACCCAAGAGGUUCCUCCUUCAACUACACCAUUUGGCACCUCAUCUACCAAGGAAGUUCUUGCUACCACCCAGCCAUCUCUCACUUCCAAAUCUUCUACAGCCACACCGGCAGCAAAAUGCACCCCAGAAUGCAAAUAUACCUCUUGGAUUAGUUCCUUUUACCCGGAUUUUAAAUCCACUGGUGAUUUUGAAACAAUAGCCAACAUUAAACAGAAAGGAUAUGCUAUCUGCCAAAGCCCCAGAGAAAUUCAGUGCAGAGCUGUGGAACUUCCUGAUGUUGAGUUAUCUGAAAUUGGACAAAUCGUAACCUGUAAUUUGAAUGAAGGUCUUAUUUGUAAAAACAAUGACCAAACAGGUGAUGUAAAGCUCUGUUAUGAUUAUGAAGUCAGAUUCUUGUGCUGCGAAGGCUGUGAAAAGGAAACAAUGUCCACCACCCUUUCAGCUACCACCAAGUCAACACCAUCAACCCAAACAAGUGCAAUUGUGCCCACAGAAGCAGUUACUAAAACAAUUCAGCCACCGCUUCCUCCGUCUACCAAGGAAUUUACCACUACAAUCAAGCCUCCUGUCCCUUCAUCAACAAAGCAGUUUCCUGGUACAACACAGCCAACUCUCACUUCAUCAACCACUGAAUCUCCAGUGCCAACAGAGCCACCUGUUCCCUCAUCAACAAAGGAGGAAUCCAAAACAACUGGACCACCUGUAACUUCAUCUUCUACUGAAGUCCCUAGCCCAACAGUACCAGUUGUCACUUCAUCUACUCAGGAAUUGCCCACUCCAUCACAACCAUUUACCUCAUCCAUUGGUACUCCAGGAACUACUGCAGCCAGUCCACCAGUCCCUUCAUCUACGAAAGAGCUUCCUGGUACAACACAGCCAACUCUCACUUCAUCAACCACUGAGUCUCCUAUACAAACACAGCCAUCUGUUUCUUCAUCUACCCAAGAGGUUCCUCCUUCAACUGCACCAUUUGGCACCUCAUCUACCAAGGAAGUUCUUGCUACCACCCAGCCAUCUUUCACUUCCAAAUCUUCUACAGCCACACCGGCAGCAAAAUGCACCCCAGAAUGCAAAUAUACCUCUUGGAUUAGUUCCUUUUACCCGGAUUUUAAAUCCACUGGUGAUUUUGAAACAAUAGCCAACAUUAAACAGAAAGGAUAUGCUAUCUGCCAAAGCCCCAGAGAAAUUCAGUGCAGAGCUGUGGAACUUCCUGAUGUUGAGUUAUCUGAAAUUGGACAAAUCGUAACCUGUAAUUUGAAUGAAGGUCUUAUUUGUAAAAACAAUGACCAAACAGGUGAUGUAAAGCUCUGUUAUGAUUAUGAAGUCAGAUUCUUGUGCUGCGAAGGCUGUGAAAUGGAAACAAUGUCCACCACCCUUUCAGCUACCACCAAGUCAACACCAUCAACCCAAACAAGUGCAAUUGUGCCCACAGAAGCAGUUACUAAAACAAUUCAGCCAUCGCUACCUCCGUCUACCAAGGAAUUUACCACUACAUUCAAACCUCCUGUCCCUUCAUCAACAAAGCAGUUUCCUGGUACAACACAGCCAACUCUCACUUCAUCAACCACUGAGUCUCCAGUGCCAACAGAGCCACCUGUUCCCUCAUCAACAAAGGAGGAAUCCAAAACAACUGGACCACCUGUAACUUCAUCUUCCACUGAAGUCCCUAGCCCAACAGAACCAGUUGUCACUUCAUCUACUCAGGAAGUGCCCACCCCAUCACAACCAUUUACCUCAACCAUUGGUACUCCAGGAACUCCUUCAGCCAGUCCACCAGUCCCUUCAUCUACGAAAGAGCUUCCUGGUACAACACAGCCAACUCUCACUUCAUCAACCACUGAGUCUCCAGUGCCAACAGAGCCACCUGUUCCCUCAUCAACAAAGGAGGAAUCCAAAACAACUGGACCACCUGUAACUUCAUCUUCCACUGAAGUCCCUAGCCCAACAGAACCAGUUGUCACUUCAUCUACUCAGGAAGUGCCCACUCCAUCACAACCAUUUACCUCAACCAUUGGUACUCCAGGAACUACUGCAGCCAGUCCACCAGUCCCUUCAUCUACGAAAGAGCUUCCUGGUACAACACAACCAACUCUCACUUCAUCAACCACUGAGUCUCUAGUGCCAACAGAACCAUCUGUUUCUUCAUCUACAAAGGAAGUUUCCACUCCAUCUGGAACUACUGCAGCAAUUCCACCUGUCCCUUCAUCAACAAAAGAGUUUACUGGUACAAGUCAACCAACUUUUACUACAUCAUCCACUGUGUCUCCUGUGACAACACAGCCAUCUGUUUUUUCAUCUACACUAGAAGUAACAAGGCAUCCUGUCACUACAUCUACCAGUCAGGCUCCUGUUCCUACUGUGCCUACUGUAAUUUCAUCCACUACUACAACAUGCUUCUGUGAAGUAAAUGAAAAAAAAUUUGCACCAGGUGCAAUUGUAUACAACACCACAGAUGCAGAUGGCUGGUGUUAUACAGCAGUUUGCGAACAAAACUGUGAGAUAACAAAAUCUGUCACAGAAUGUCAUCUUACAACAAGUCCACCUCAAAAAAUAACAAGUGCAAGACCAUCAACUACUGAAGAAAAAGCACAAACUAGUCAAAAACCAACCACAGCAGCCCCAUUAACAACACCCUCUAUGAACUGUGACAGCCUUAAUCCUCCCAGAAAGUUUGAUGAAACAUGGCAAGUAGACAAAUGUACAACAGCAACAUGCAAAGGAGGCUCUGUUAUUUCCUUGAAUCCUGUCAACUGCAAACCAGCUGAGCCAGUUGUUUGUGAAAAUGGACGACCACCAGUUAAAGUCUAUGAUGACAGUGGCUGCUGCUUCCACUAUGAAUGUGAAUGCUUCUGCUCUGGAUGGGACAACUCUCAUUACACUACCUUUGAUGGAACUUACUAUAAUUUCAAGAGAAGCUGCAGUUAUGUACUGGUGAAAGAAAUCACCUCCAAGAAUGGGGAGUUUAAGGUUAUUCUUAACAACCAGAACUGUGAUGACAGUUCCAGCCAGGACUGUGCCGGAUCCCUAACAGUCCUCUACAAAGCACAGAAAGUAACCUUGGAUCAACAAGAUGGAAAAAAUAAGGUAUUUUUUAAUGAAGUGGAAGUUGGCAUACCCUUCACAAAUGAUGUCUUCACCAUAACUGGCACACAGAGUGAGGUAGAUGUAAAAAUUGCAGAGAUUGAUGCAACCAUAACCUACACAAGAAACACAUUCAGCAUUUUGCUUCCAUAUUCAGACUUCAACCAGAACACUGAAGGACUGUGUGGAACCUGUGACAAUAACAAAGAAAAUGAUGCCCGCUUGCCAGAUGGCACUACUGAUCCUUCUUUCACCAGAAUGCCUGAUCAGUGGCUUCUACCUACUGAGAGCAAACCAGAAUGUACAAAUCAACCUAAGCCAACCCCAACACCUACUUCACAGACCACUCAGCCAACUUGUAAAGCAGAAGUGUGUGAUAUCUUAAAUAGCAAAGUCUUUGAAGAUUGUCAGAAGGUUAUCCCAGUAGAGAUUUAUUACACUGCUUGUCAAAACGAUGUAUGCAGUAAUCCAGAGAAACACUUUGGCUGCUCAAGUCUGGAGGCUUAUGCUUCCAAAUGUCUGUCAUCUGGCAUCUGUGUUGACUGGAGAGGAGCUACUAAUGGAAAAUGUGAAUUCAACUGUCCAGAAACAAAAGAAUACAAGGCUUGUGGUCCAGCAAUGGAGCCUACUUGCAAUGCUAUGUACAAUGAAAAAUACAAGGCGGACUUAGAGAGCUCAGCACUAAAAGAAGGUUGCUACUGUCCUGAGAAAAAAACCCUUUUCAGCUCCAAUUCAGAUAUAUGCGUCUCAACUUGCGGCUGUACUGGACCAGAUGGCAUGCCUAAGGAGGCUGGAGACACCUGGGAAAGCAACUGCAAUGAAUGUAUCUGUAAUCAAAACUCACUCAGCAUUCAGUGCAAGAAAAAAACCUGUGAAGAUGAACCACCUGUCGUUUGCACAGAGGCAGGGCAGACCUUAGUGUCAGAAGAGGAUGGCUCCUGCUGUGCUAAAAAGAAAUGUGUUUGUGACAUAAGUCUCUGUAAGCCUGUUGAGCACUGUAAACCAGGCUAUGAAGAAACUGUGACCACUUCCCCAACAGAAUGCUGUCCUACGGUGGUGUGCCAUGCUAAAGAUGUUUGUGUCUACAAUAAUGUAGAAUUUCAGCCAGGGGCAUCUAUUGUCAAAGAUAAAUGUGAAGAGUGUAAGUGUACUGCUGAUGUGGACCCUGAAACUAAACUUCAUGUCAUUAACUGUGAGAAAAAACCCUGCAACACCAACUGUGAACCCGGAUUUGUGUACACUGAUGUGGAAGGUGAAUGCUGUGGACAUUGUGUUCAGGAAAGCUGUGUGGUGUCGAUCAAAGGAGAAGAACCUCAUACUGUCAAGCUGGGAGAGACCUGGUCAGUUCCUGGUGACUACUGUAACAAUUACCAGUGUUUACAAUAUUUUGAUGAGUUUAUAUUACUUCAAGAGAGAAUAGCCUGCUCAGAAAAGAGCACCUCCGAUUGUUCACCAGGAUCAGAAUUUGAGAAAGUUGAAGGCCAGUGCUGUGGACGGUGUGUUGAGAAGAGCUGUGUCAUUGUAACAGAAGAUAACACUCCUCACUUGCUGCAGCCUGGAGAAAUCUGGCCAUCUACUGAUGAUAAAUGCACCAGCUACACAUGCUCAAAGCAGUCUGACCAUCUUAUUACAGUUGAAACCAAAAUGCAAUGUGAGGAUAUUGAUGUUGAUGACUGCAUUCCGGGAACAUUAACUGUUGAUUCAUCUGGCUGUUGCAAACAUUGUACUAAGAAGCCCAAGACAUGUCAAAUGAAAACAGAAACAAUUGAAAUUACACACAAUGGAUGUAAAUCACCAUCACCAGUCACAGUUAAUUCAUGUGAAGGACCAUGUGGAUCCUCUUCCAUGUAUUCAGCAGAUUCUAAUUCUAUGACACACACUUGUUCCUGCUGUCAGGAGAAGAAAACCAGUGAAAAACAAAUUCAACUAGUGUGCCCUGGUGGCAAGAAACUGGAUUAUUCCUAUGUGUAUGUGGAGGAGUGUGGCUGCAAUGACAAGGUGUGCUUAGAAUGGGGUGAUAAAGUUGACAAAGGCAAAGAAAACAGUGGAAGUGAAGGAGACAGCAAGAGCAAGGAAAGUAAUGAGAACAGAGGAAGCCAUGAGAGAAAGGGGAGUAAUGAGAACAGAGGAAGCCAUGAGAGAAAGGGGAGUAAUGAGAACAGAGGAAGCCAUGAGAGAAAGGGGAGUAAUGAGAACAGAGGAAGCCAUGAGAGAAAGGGGAGUAAUGAGAACAGAGGAAGCAAACAGGUUAAAGGCAGCAAGGAAUCAGAGGAGCAUAGCUUUGAAAACAAGAAGCAAAAUGACAGCAAGAAUGAUUUAAAAUCCAAGGGUGUAAAGAUGGCUUCCAAGAAGAUGCCUCUUCCUGCAAGGUACCUUCUGAAUCCUGAUCUUCAUCCUGAGCAUGUUCUCUGUAACAAUCUUAAAAACAGGACCAGCAUGUAUGCAGUAGAUAACAGUGGAGUCAUGGGUCAGGGAGUACUUCUGUGUAUCCUGACAUGGAUGUUAUCCAUCAGCCAUGGUGCUAUACAAAAAGAUGCACCCUCAAUUUCGGUCAAAGGUGGAAAGCAGCUCACUAUCAUUCCUGGAAUGCAAACCAUUCCAAUUAAAUCUGCUAUUAGCCCUGCUCACAACGGCCGAGUGUGUAGCACAUGGGGUAACUACCACUUCAAAAUGUUUGAUGGAGAAAUCUUCCAGCUGCCCACAACAUGUAACUACAUCUUCACCUCACACUGCAAGGGCACUUAUGAGGACUUCAACAUUCAGAUGAGGCGUUCAGUGGUCAGUGGAGCUCCCAUCAUCAGCAAGAUUACCAUGAAGCUUGAUGGUACAAUUGUAGAGAUUACACAGGGAUCCAUCUCAGUUAACAGCAAACAGGUGCAGCUGCCAUACAGCCAGUCAGGAGUCCUGAUUGAGAAAGCCAACUCAUAUAUCACAAUCACUGCUAAACUGGGGCUGAUGAUCAGGUGGAAUGAAGAAGAUUCAAUGCUGCUAGAGAUUGAUGAAAAAUACCAGAAUGAGACUUGCGGUCUCUGUGGUGACUUCAAUGGCAUCCUAGGCUAUAAUGAUUUCAUUAAAGAAGAAACGAAAAUUACUCCAAUUGACUUUUCCACUUUCUGGAAGAUGGAUGAUCCAACAGAAACCUGCGUGGAGCCUGUUCCAUUCUCCAGUGACAACUGCAUUAAUUUGAUGCCUAUUUGUGAGCAGCUGAUUUCUAACCCUGCAUUUGCCAGCUGCAUGGAACUUGUUGCCUUUGACCAGUUUGUCAGCGCCUGCGUUCAGGACAUGUGCAACUGUAAUGAGACAAGCAGUAUGGACUGCCUGUGCAACACUCUGUCCGAAUUAUCCAGGCAGUGUGUGCAUGCUGGUGGAGCCCCUCAAAACUGGAGAACGUCCACCUUCUGCGCUAGGAAAUGUCCAUUUAACAUGGAGUAUCAGGAGUGUGGAGUAUCUUGUGCAGACAGCUGCUCAAAUCCAGAUAGAAGCCACCUCUGCGAGGAGCACUGUAGUGAUGGCUGCUUUUGUCCUCCAGGCACUGUGCUGGAUGAUGUUAAGGGUGGUGGUUGCGUUCCUUUACAAGAGUGUUCCUGUAAGUACGAUGGAAAAAUAUACGCUCCUGGCGACUCUUACUCCAGUGACUGUCGCAAAUGCACCUGUUCUGGUGGACAGUGGGCCUGCAAAGAUCUGGAUUGUCCUGCAACCUGCUCUAUUGAGGGUGGCUCUCACAUCACCUCUUAUGAUGGAAAACAUUUCACAUUCCAUGGAGAUUGUACCUACAUAAUAAGCAAGAACUGCAAAGGUGAUGGUUUUAUUAUUGCGGCUGAGCUUGUGAAGUGUGGCCUUACUGACACAGAGACCUGCUUGAAGAGUGUGUUUGUUACAUCUGAAGAUGGAGAGCAACAGUUUGUAAUCAAGGCAUCAGGAUCAGUAUUUAAGAAUGGGAUGUUCACUCAGCUGCCACUAACAACAGAUGAUUUAUCAAUCUUUAAACCUUCCUCAUUCUACAUCAUCAUUCAAAUUGCAUCUGGACUCCAGCUGAAGAUACAAUUCACCCCUGUAAUGCAGCUCUAUAUAACUGCAAGUGCCAACAAUAAAGGCAAAGUCUGCGGUCUUUGUGGUAAUUUUAAUAGCAUGGAAAGUGACGACUUCAAAACCACCAGUGGACUGGUGGAGGGUACAGCUGCUGCUUUUGGCAAUACCUGGAAAACUAAUGGAGCAUGCAAAAAUAAAAAGGACAAUUAUGAAAAUCCAUGCAGCCUGAGCAUUGAGAAUGAGAAAUAUGCUAAGCACUGGUGUUCCAUGCUGUCAGAUCCUAGAGGUCCAUUUGCCACAUGCCACUCAGCAGUCCAACCCGACAUAUACAAGACUAAUUGCAUGUAUGACAGCUGCAACUGUGAGAAGAGUGAAGACUGCAUGUGUGCCACUAUCUCCUCAUACGUUCAAGCUUGUACUGCAAAAGGAAUUCAGCUGGAAGGGUGGAGAGUAACCAUUUGCACUAAAUAUACCAACUGCCCCAAAACACAAACCUACAGCUACAACAUGACUAGCUGUGGACGCACUUGCCGCUCCCUGAGUGAACCAGACGACACAUGCAAGAUACAACACAUAGCAGUAGAUGGCUGUGGCUGUGCUGAAGGGACAUACAUGGAUGAGGAAAACCAGUGUGUGCCAGCUGUGAAAUGCCCCUGUUACCAUAAAGGCUCAGUGGUGCCGGCUGGAGAAGUUAUCAGCAAGGACGGAGCCACCUGCACUUGCAGACAAGGAACACUAAGUUGCAUUGGAGCACCUUCCACCAAACCAACAUGUAAAGCACCAAUGAUCUAUUUUGAUUGUAGCAAAGCUAAAACAGGAACCAAAGGAUCUGAGUGCCAGAAGAGCUGUGAUACCCUGGAUGCGUCAUGUUACAGUACAGAGUGUGUCUCAGGUUGCAUAUGUCCAGUGGGUCUUGUCUCAGAUGGUAAGGGUGGUUGUAUAUCUGAGAGCCAGUGCCCUUGCACCCACAAUGGUGAAAUGUACAAGCCAGGAGACAAGAUCAAAGCUGAUUGUAACACAUGCACCUGCAAGAACAGAAAGUGGGACUGUACCACAGCCCAGUGCCAGGCUACCUGUGCAAUCUAUGGAGAUGGACACUAUAUAACCUUUGAUGGGAAGAGGUUCACAUUCAGUGGAAACUGCGAGUAUACUCUCACUCAGGACUUCUGUAGUAACAACCCUGGCAAUGGCACAUUCAGAGUGAUUACAGAAAAUAUUCCUUGUGGCACAACUGGGACCACAUGCUCCAAAACUAUCAAGUUCUACCUAGGGAACAAUGAGCUAAUCCUCACAGAUGGACAUUAUGAGGUAAUCCAGAGAGUUUCAGGUGCUGAGAUCCCCUACAAAAUCUAUAAGAUGGGCAUCUAUUUGGUCAUUGAGGGCAGUGAUGGAGUGAUCAUUAUGUGGGAUAAGAAGACUAGCAUCUUUAUCAAACUAAGUCCAAAAUUCAAGGGUCAUGUCUGUGGCCUAUGUGGAAAUUAUGAUGGAAAUGCAAACAAUGACUUUACCACAAGAAGCCAGUCAGUAGUGGUAAAUGCUCUUGAGCUUGGAAACAGCUGGAAGGUGUCCUCCAGUUGCCCAGAUGCUAAAGGCCACAAAGACCCAUGUCUUUCCAACCCCUACCGUCAGUCCUGGGCUCAGAAACAAUGCAGCAUUAUCAAGAGCCAAGUUUUUAAAACCUGCCACCCUCAGGUGGAUCCAUCUCCCUAUUAUGAUGCCUGUGUGAAAGAUUCUUGUGCCUGUGACACAGGGGGGGAUUGUGAGUGCUUCUGUACAGCAGUGGCUUCCUAUGCAGAGGCCUGUAAUGAGGCUGGUGUUUGUGUUGCCUGGAGAACCCCUGAUAUCUGCCCUCUUUUCUGUGAUUAUUACAACUCACCUGGUGAUUGUGAGUGGCACUACCAGCCUUGUGGAACGCCCUGCAUGAGAACAUGUCGAAACCGCAGUGGGAAGUGUUCCAAACAGAUUCCAGGACUGGAAGGUUGCUAUCCAAAAUGUCCACCCGAAGCCCCAUUUUUUGAUGAAGAUUCAAUGACAUGUGUUUCACAAGAUGAAUGUGGCUGCUAUGAUGAUGAUGAUAAUGAUCGACACUAUAAGCAAGGAGAAAAUGUUCCCACCAACAAAAACUGCAUGGUUUGCCACUGUGAUGAUGAUGAAAUCGAAUGUGUCUACAAUGUUCAUGCCUGUUACUGCAUUUACAAUGGAAACAAGUAUCCUUAUGGUUCAACUAUAUACAACACUACAGAUGGUCUGGGAAGCUGUAUAACAGCCACAUGUGGACAAAAUGGAACCAUAAACCGAGAUAUUUAUAUCUGCACAACUAUAGCCAGUACCAGUACAACAACCUUCACUUUCAGCACAACUACCAGUACCUCUGGUACAACGUCAUGUUUAGAAGAAGUCUGUGAAUGGUCUGUCUGGUAUGAUUUAAGUUUUCCAUCUGAGAAGACUGGUGGAGACUAUGAGUCAAUUGACCACAUUCGGAUUAAAGACCAGUCUAUGUGUAUUAAUCCACUCCAGGUUGAAUGCAGAGCCCAAGAAUUUCCUGAACUUCCUCUAAACCAAACAGGACAGGUGGUAGAGUGUAACACAUCUGGACUUAAAUGCAACAAUAAAGAUAACCCAACUAAAUGCCUGAACUAUGAAAUCAGAGCAUUUUGCUGCAAGCAGUAUCCUUGUUCUACACCAGCUACCAUGACUUCCCCUGUUACUACAACUGAAACAACAACAAGUCCUACAACUCCAGAAACCACAACCCCUACAACAACACACACUGUAACAACCACACCUUCAACACCAAUCACACAUACCACAUCAUAUUCCACCUCUGUUACUCCCAUCGUCACUUCUCACACUACCUGCAGGCGUGCAUGCUUCUGGACAAAGUGGUAUGAUUUUCAUUUCCCCACAUUUGGAACAACAGGAGAUGAGGUUGAACCACUUGAAAAGGUGAAAAGUGCUGAAGGUAAAGUCUGUGACAAGCCAAGCCAAAUUGAAUGUAGAGCAGAAAAAUUUCCCAACAAGACAAUUGAAGAAGUAGGACAGAUUGUGUCAUGUGAUGUUUCCCAAGGACUGAUAUGCAAAAAUGAACAGCAAACUGGACCUUUGCAUCUCUGUUACAAUUAUGAGAUAAGACUGUUAUGCUGUGAUCUUUACAAAUGUGAAUCUUCAACGACAACAGAAACAACACCAACCUCAACUACCACCACAGAAACAACCACAUCACCAACCACAAGCACAGAAACAACCACAACACCAACCACAACUACAAGCACAGAAACAACCACAACACCAACUACAACCACGGAAACAACCACAACGCCAACCCCAACACCAACCACAACUACAACCACAGAAACACCCCCAACACCAAUCUCAACUACAACUACAGAAACAACAACAACCACAGAAACAACUACAACACCAACCACAACUACAACAACAACCACAGAAACAACUACAACACCAACCACAACUACAACCACAGAAACACCCCCAACACCAAUCUCAACUACAACUACAGAAACAACAACCACAGAAACAAUUACAACACCAACCACAACUACAACCACAACACCAACUACAACCACAGAAACAACCACAACUACAACCACGGAAACAACACCAACAACAACUAUUACAACAAUGACUACAGUUACUUCCAUUCCCUCUUGUUUUUCUUGCAGUUGGUCACAAUGGAUUGACAUUAACUUACCUUCUUCUGGUCCAGAUAAUGGUGACAAUGAAACACUGGAGGGUAUUAGAAAGGCAGGAAUCCAUAUUUGUGAGAAUCCAGAAGACAUAGAAUGUAGAGCAGCACAUUUCCAGAACACACCAAUAAAAAAUUUGCAACAAAAAAUCCAAUGUGAACCUUCUGUUGGGCUCAUUUGCAAAAAUAAAGACCAAGAUAUUCCUCCAGUGUGUUUCAACUAUGAAAUUAGAGUGAAAUGCUGUUCAAAUAAAUGCACCACAUCAACAAGACCUAUUACUACAACUACCGAAUCAACAACACAUAUUAUUAUUACUGGAACUAAAACAACAAAACCAACUGUACCUCAGCACUCACUAACAACACCCACCACAACUACUGAAACAACCACUACAGAAACAACACCCACCACAACUACUGAAACAACUCCUCCAACUUCAACUUGUUGUGAAACAACAACCACUACUGAAACAACAACAACUCCCACAACUACAGAGACAACAACACCCACCACAACUACUGAAACAACAACAACUCCCACAACUACAGAGACAACAACACCCACCACAACUACUGAAACAACAACUCCCACAACUACAGAGACAACAACACCCACCACAACUACUGAAACAACAACUCCCACAACUACAGAGACAACAACACCCACCACAACUACUGAAACAACAACAACUCCGACAACUACAGAGACAACAACACCCACCUCAACUACUGGAACAACAACAACUUCGACAACUACAGAGACAACAACAACACCCACCACAACAUCCACACCCUCAUGUUUUUGCCUGUAUCAUGGACGAGCAUUCGUAUGUGGUUCAGAGGUAUACAAUGUAACAGAUGAUGAAGGCUGGUGCUAUACUGCUCGCUGUUCAGUGGAAGGAAGAAUCGUGAAAAGUGUUGAACACUGUAAACAAAGUACUCCUGAGACAACAACCACCCCAACAACUACCACUACUGAGACGACAACAUCCACAGAAACAACAACCACGCCAACAACUACAACCACUGAAACUACAACUACCCCAACAACUACAACGACUGAGACAACAACCACCACAGAAACAACAACCACGCCAACAACUACCAUUACUGAGACGACAACCACCACAGAAACAACAACCACGCCAACAACUACCACUACUGAAACAACAACUACCACAGAAACAACAACCACCCCAACAACAACUACUACUGAGACGACAACCACCUCAACAACUACAAUUAUAUCAAAAAAACCCUGUAAAUGUCCUAGUCUCGUACCUUCUAAUAAGCAUGUUGAUAAAUGUUUAACUCCAAUAUGUGACGAUGAUUGUAACAUUGUAUACAACCCUGUACAAUGUAAUCCCGGGAAUCCCCCUCAAUGUAUUAAUGGACUUCCCCCGAAAAAAGUGUAUGAUAAGUCUGGCUGCUGCUUCCACUAUGAAUGUGAUUGUUUCUGUUAUGGAUAUGGAGAGUCCCACUAUGUGACAUUUGACGGAAUACUCUAUGACUUUAAAGCGAGCUGCACCUAUGUAUUGGUGAAGCAAAUCCACCCAAUUUAUUCAAACUUCCAAAUCAAUAUCAAUGAUAAGUUUUGUGACCAAGUAGAUGGCCUUUCUUGUGAACGGUCCCUCACAAUAUACUUCAAAAUGUAUGAGAUUGUGUUAUCCCAGGAGCCAGUAGAAGGACACAUCAGAAAUACGAUUUUUGUCAAUCAAGACCAAAUCAGUUCAGCCUUUAUUUCUGAUGAAAUUGUGAUUGUUGACACUGGAAUAUCUAUCACUGUGGAUAUUGCAUCAAUUGGAGUCUUUGUGACGAUGAAAGGCUUAAUGUUCAGUGUUACGCUGCCCAUGGAAAACUUCCUCAAUAACACAGAAGGAUUGUGCGGAAACUGUGACAACAACAAGAAAAAUGACUGCUUACUUCCCAACCAUAAGCUUGACUCAUCUUGCUCCGAUAUGGCUCCUCACUGGAGAAUUAAGACUAACACAUCAGACUGUGAACCACAAACCACAACCACACCAACUACUCCCCACACCAUGACAACAUCUGAACCAUGUAUUACUUCUACCGUCUGUGAUAUCUUCUACAGCAGCAUUUUUGAAGAAUGCCGGAAUGUCAUUGAAGUGACUUCAUUCUAUGAGAUGUGCAGGACUGAUGUCUGUGGGAAGUCACACAGUGUUUGCACAAUUGUAGAAACAUUUGUUUCUCUUUGUUCUUCUGCUGGUAUCUGUGUUGACUGGAGAACUUCCACAAAUGGAUUGUGUGAGUACAAAUGCCCACCGACUAAAGAGUACCUGGCUUGUGGACCACAAAUUCCAAAGACAUGUGACUACAGACUGAAUUAUCAAAUCCAAGACCAGAGUGGUUGGGAUCUGCCCAUGGAGGGCUGCUUCUGUCCGAAUGGAACAAUUGCCUGGAACUCAUCAUCUGAUAUUUGUAUUAUACCUGACUCCUGCACUGACUACUGCAAAGGACCUGAUGGGCUUCCCAAGAAGGUUGGAGAGGUCUGGAAACUCCCGGGUAACAACUGCACAGAAUUUGAAUGUGUGGACUUUGGAGGCCAAAAAGUUGUUGUGGAGUCGAGGAUCACUUGCCCUGCCUUUGACAUUGACGAUUGUGUGCCUGGAACUGUGACCUCAGAUUCCAAUGGAUGCUGUCACUCAUGCACUCUGAAGAACUGCAAACUUCAGAAGAAGAGCACAAUUCUCCAUAACAAUAAGUGCAAGUCAAAGGAACCUGUUGAGCUGAAUUCAUGUGCGGGUGCCUGUGAAACCUUUUCCAUAUACUCUGAGCAGGCUAACACAAUGAUGAGUUCCUGCUCCUGCUGCCAAGAAGAAGUGACAAGCAAGAGGCACGUUGAGAUGGUAUGUGAGGAUGGCACUACUUAUGACUAUUCGUACGUCUAUGUGGAGAGCUGCGGUUGUCAGCAGACACAGUGUCUGGACCAUCAACAACAACAGCAGCAGCAACAACAACAACAGCAACAGCAGCAACAACAGCAGUAUAAAGAAGAGUUGCAGAAGAAAUCCCCUCCCAAAGGCAUCAAGACUCAACAAAUUUAGACACUAUAGAUGUAUAAUGUUGAAUUUAGGACUCUUCUGAUAUUUUCUUUCCUCUUUAUGCUGUCCCAUCUGAAGACAAUAAAUACCUGCUUUGUAAAAAGAUUCUUUAUAGCUGCUCUAUGUAGAAUAAGUGAUACUGGCAAUGUUACUUAAUUUAUACGCAAUUUGCAAUCAACAAAACUGUGGUUCUUACGCAAGCAUUAUUUGAUUGAACAAGAAUCAGGUUCAGAAGGACUGUGAGCUUUAAUUAAAAAAAUGGACAUUGCAGGCACCAGCUUUUUUAGGUCCAAGAUGCUUUUCCUCUCAUUAAUGCAAAUGUACUUUUAUAUCUGCUGCAUUUAAAAACAGAAUUGAAAAUAAACUUUCUUACAAUGCA